AUGUUGAUAUGGCUUGAAAACGCACCUGUGUUUGGUGUUGAUAAAGAUGAAGAUGUUGUUGCGUACAUUGAUAGCAUUAUUACGUGUAGGAAACCAAAUAGCGACCCAGAAUUACUUGAUCUUGUUAACCGACAGACACACAGGCAUUCCCAUACUUGCAGGAAAAGGUCUAAAAAUAUUUGUAGAUUUAACUACCCACAACCACCAAUGGGGUCCACUCAGAUUCUGUACCCACUUGAUGACAAUACACCUCCGACUGUUGUCAAAAGCAGUAAAGAAUUGUGGAAAAAUAUUAGGGGCAAGCUAAAUGAUCUUAAAGAAGGUAAAAACAUUACAUUUUCUGAACUUUUAGAAGAGUUAGACGUUUCGGAACGUCAAUAUUACCUUGCAAUUCGAUCAUCUUUAAACUGUCCAACAUUAUUUUUAAAAAGAAGUCCAAACGAAUUAAGGAUAAAUAAUUACAAUCGUACAUGCCUUCAGGCAUGGAGAGCUAAUAUGGAUAUUCAAUAUGUCUUAGAUGUGUAUGCAUGUGCCAUGUAUAUUGUUUCAUAUAUUUCCAAAGCUCAAAAGGGAAUGAGUGAAUUACUACGCAAAGCUGUUGAUGAAGCAAAACAGGGAAACACGAACAUAAAACAGCAAGUUCGUGAUAUUGGAAACAAGUUUUUGAAUUCUGUAGAAAUUUGUGCACAAGAAGCAGUCUAUGUAGUUCUGCAACUUCCUAUGCGAAAGGCAUCACGUAGUGUCAUUUUUAUUAAUACAUCUCCUCCUGCUGAACGAGUCGAGUUGCUAAAACCUUUGAGUGAAAUAGAAAAAAUGUCAGACGAAUGCGAAGAAAUACAAUCUGGUGGGCUUUUAAAAAGAUAUGUAGAACGACCUGAAUGUAUGCAAAAUACAACAUUAGCUGAUUGGGCGGCAUGGUAUGACUCCUGUAUUAUAUAUAGUUGCAGAAAAACAAACAAAAAGACCGACAUCGAUAAUCUCCCAAUGGAGAACAAUGAAGAAAAUAACGAUGACCAGUUAUUGGAAAAUAAUCCAGGUGUAAAUGCUACAAUAAGUAAAGCAGUAAAGAAAAGAAUUCAAGCGAGAAUAAUCCGAAGUGUCUGGUUCAAUAAAGAGGCUCAACCGAACAAACAUUAUCGUGA